UAGUUGUAAUAUUGUCACCUCUAGUGGCUCACCUCUAGUGAGGGCACAUCUUUCAAAAAGCAUUUCACUUUACAACUAGCCGUCAUUGCAUUUGGUUAAUUGUUCAUAAAGUUCCCGGUGCCGCUUUGAAGAGUUGUGUUGGUGUAUUAGAUUGGUGUUUAGCUUUCGGGUCUGGUUAAAAUAAAAUGUUCACAGGAGAUUCCACAAAUUUAUUGGAACUUUCUGCGACCACCGAAGAAACAAACGCUAGUCCCUCAAAUAGUCAAUUCCGCGAGCAAAAGCUGGUGGAGAAGUAUUGCCGGGAGACCCAGCUGCUGAAGCUGAUCGAGGGCUCUGCUGGUAAGUUUGUGGAGAACUACAGGACUCACCGUCGUCCCGAGGACCUGCUGGCACCCGUCCAGGUGCGUCUGGACUUUGUCUACCGGGAUCUGCUCCGUCUGUCGGCCAAACUCCUUGAACUGGUCGUUGAGGAGCCGCUACAGUUCGCCGAAGCUGUCAAGUACACCGUUUACGGACUGGUUAGGGAUCAACUAAAGACAGCCGGGCUGAAGCCCAUCGAUAUUUCGCAGCUGCACGCCCACUGGCGGCUGGUGGGGCUGCCCUACACCCCGGGCCUGCAGUUCGAGCCGCGGGACAACUGCCUGCGGCUCGGACUGACCCAGGUGCAGGGCAUCCUGUCGGCCUACACGCCACCGGAGAACCUGGUCCUGCAAACGAUUUGGUACUGCGGCAGCGGCUGUAUGCGAAAUGCGAUACAGACCAGCUCCACGGAUGCUCCGUUGUGUUCGGGCUGCUCGCGGCCCAUGAGUGAAUAUCAAAAGUUACGCGUAACUGAACAGUACCAUCUCCUGGCCAUCUUGCCCGGCUCUGCGAUCCAGACACCCAGGACCACCGGUUGCCUACAUCGUGCCAAGCUAGUCCGCCUAAGAGCUCACACCCACGACUGCGAUUUGAAGUUGGGUGGUAGCUACCUGAUAACUGGAUACUUUGCCGGCGGAGCUAGCACCUACCAGAUAGAAGCAUGCCAUCUAAGAAGCAACUAGAGGCCAAGUCCCGUGGCCGUCGAGGAGGCCCCGUCCUCCUCAAUGUCUUCCUGCACGGCGAGGACACUCCAGAUCAGUCACAGACACCAGACCACCAAAUACAAUUAAUCAAAAACCCGCCCGAUCCAAACACUU